ACUUGUUUGUUUUUCAGGAUAAAUAGCAGUAAUACUGGUCUAUUGUUCCUCCCAUUAAUAUGGAUUCAGUGGGAGUGAAUGUUAUUGAAACUGCAGCUCUGGGGAGACCCUUUCAUCUGGGGAUGCUGUAUGACUGCAGAAAAGAUGCGCUAGUACCAGGAAUCACCCUAUGGGAUAAAGAGCAGCUGCAGCAGAGUAUAAAGGAUCAUCCUCAAUGUAAUACAGUCUUCAAUGUUACAGCUUCAGACUCCAUUGAGGAUAAAUCUAACUUACUGAACUCUUUAAGUGGACUCAUCAAUGUAAGUGGAGCAGCCAAGUAUCUCAGUGACACCAAGAAGUCAUUCAAACAGCAGAGACUGACCCUGCAUUAUCAUUCAACCACCAAGUUUGAAGAACUGACCAUGAACCACCUGGCUUCUGGAAAUAUAGCUCACUAUGAAGUGUUUGAUAAAGAUACAGCCACACAUGUGGUGACAGCUGUGCUGUAUGGGGCAGAUGCUUGCUUUGUUUUUGAUAGAGAAGUUGCAUCAGAUGAAGACAAAAUCACAGUAGAAGGAGAAUUAAAAGCUGCCUUUGAUAAACUAAAGGGCAUUUCAGUGGGUGCACAGAUUGAUCUGAGCUUGAAUGACAAGCAGAAGACUGCGGUUCAAAAGUUCAGUUGCAAAUUUUAUGGUGACUUCCAGUUACAAUCUAAUCCAGCCUCUUUUGAAGAUGCUCUGAACGUUUUUGCUGAGCUUCCAAAACUGCUGGGAGAGAAAAAGGAACUUGCAGUUCCAUUGAGAGUGUGGCUUUAUCCCUUGGACAAACUACAUUCACGUGCUGCAAAACUUCAAAAAGACAUCAGCCUAGGUCUAAUCAAAAAUGUUGAAUCAGUAUUUGAGACCUUAAGUAUAACUGAAAUGAAAUGCAGUGAUCUUCUGAAGGACAAACCAUCUUUGGCUUUUGCAGGAUUUUGUGAUAAAAUAAUGCACAUGAAGCAAAACUGCUCUAACUAUAAAUUAAGUUUCAUGAAGAAAGUUGGCUCUCUGUUGCCAAAAAUCCGUGGGGAUAUAGAAAAGGAAACAGCGCUGACUGAGCUUCUGUGUGAUCAUGAAGAAUGUCCGUUCAGAGGAAGUGAUCUUGAGAAGUGGGUGAAAGAGAAAGAGAAGGAUUCUGUCAUAAUAAAAACACUUCUCAACCAGCUGAUCGAUUUUGGUGCCAUGGUGGAAGAGAAUCUAGAUAAAAUUUUAAUGGAUCUGAAAGUUAAAAAUAUGGUUAGCUAUACUUUCACAUCAUUUGAGUGGCCAGAUGUGCUCCUUUCUAAACAAAAGGCCUUCCUGGGUCCCUCAAGAAAAGAAAACAAGGAUGAGUCUGAUUCCAAACAAAACACUGGAUUCACUUCUGACAUCAAAAUGACUAUGAGGAGCAACUUGACUAUCUUUAAAAACUUGAUUAAAUCAAAAACAUGUGAACCAGCAAAAUUUAUUGUUUCAUCAAAAGAAAUUAAAAACAACCCAGGGUCUUGCAUUCUUCUCUAUGAGAAUGGAUCUGAUGAAGCCACUUGCUUCACUCCUCCAUCAGAAUCAGCUUGUCCAGUCAUUGAACGGAUCAGUGGUCACAGUGUGGUUUUGAAGGUGUCUCCAGCAUGUUCUGUGACCAAAGAGCUCAGGCUACUGUACAAAAUGAGGGAAGAGAAAGACUGGAAAUCUCAGUCUGUACAGAAGCAUGACACAGUUACUCUGACAGAUCUCAGUCCAGACACGGAGUAUGAGAUGAAAUACGCAGCCGUGGGGAAGCUGAACUACACCGUUCACAGUGAUGUCAUCCACCUCAGAGUCAUAGACAAGAAGCUCAUCGAUGCCACAGAGACUGUCUUAGAAACACUAAGCUUGAUUGAAAACAAGUGCAGUGAACUCAUGGAGAACAACAGUGCAGUCACAUUCAGUGCAAUUCACAGGAAGAUUCAAGACAUGAUGAAAUACUGCCAAACCUAUAAACAAGAUUUACAUAACAGAAUUAAAUCAAUGAUUCAGUCCAUUCAAGCCUGUGAAAAAGAUAUUAGUGCUCUGACAGACCUUCUGCAAGCUCAUGAGGAGUCUCCAUUUAACAAAAGUGAUCUUAAAGAGUGGCUCACAGUGAAAGAAAAGGAAUUAAAAGCAGUUGAUGUGUUUCUUCAACAACUGCGUGACUCUGGAGCUGAAGUGAAUAAUAACUUAGACUCAUUUUUGUUAGAUACUAGUAUAAAGAAUUUGGUGUGCUACACAUUUAGUUCUCUUGAUCUGCCAGAUGACUUGCUUCCUGAUCGAGAAAAUUUCCUGAAUCCUCAAAUGAUGAAGAGAAAUUCAAAGAAGAAACCCAAUGCAGGGUCUCAAACAUGGCUCACAGGAAGCAUUUGGGAGACAAUGAAAAAGCACUUGAAAAUAUUUAAAGAUCUGAUACUUUCAAAUGGAGAUCAGACAACAGUAUUUUUGAUUGCUUCAAAAGAGCACACAAUCCAUCCUGGUUCCUGUAUUCUCCUCUAUGAGAAUGGAUUUGAUGAAGCCUCCUGCUUCACUCCUCCAUUAAAACCAGCUUGUCCGGUCAUUGAACAGAUCAGUGGUCACAGUGUGGUUUUGAAGGUGUCUCCAGCAUGUCCUGCAACAGAAGAGCUCAGGUUACUGUACAAAAUGAAGGAAGAGAAAGACUGGAAAUCUCAGUCUGUGCUACAGAGCCAUGACACAGUUACUCUGACAGAUCUCAGUCCAGACACAGAGUAUGAGAUGAAAUACGCAGCCGUGGGGAAGCUGAAAUACACCGUUCAAAGUGAUGUCAUCCACCUCAGAGUCAUAGACAAGAAGCUCAUCGAUGCCACAGAGUCUGUCUUAGAAACACUAAGCUUGAUUGAAAACAAGUGCAGUGAACUCAUGGAGAACAACAGUGCAGUCACAUUCAGUGCAAUUCACAGGAAGAUUCAAGACAUGAUGAAAUACUGCCAAACCUAUAAACAAGAUUUACAUAACAGAAUUAAAUCAAUGAUUCAGUCCAUUCAAGCCUGUGAAAAAGAUAUUAGUGCUCUGACAGACCUUCUGCAAGCUCAUGAGGAGUCUCCAUUUAACAAAAGUGAUCUUACAGAGUGGCUCACAGUGAAAGAAAAGGAAUUAAAAGAAGUUGAUGUGUUUCUUCAACAACUGCGUGACUCUGGAGCUGAAGUGAAUAAUAACUUAGACACAUUUUUGUUAGAUACUAGUAUAAAGAAUUUGGUGUGCUACACAUUUAGUUCUCUUGAUCUUCCAGAUGACUUGCUUUCUGAUCAAGAAAAUUUCCUGAAUCCUCAAAUGAUGAAGAGAAAUUCAGAGAAGAAACCCAAUGCAGGGUCUCAAACAUGGCUCACAGGAAGCAUUUGGGAGACAAUGAAAAAGCACUUGAAAAUAUUUAAAGAUCUGAUACUUUCAAAUGGAGAUCAGACAACAGUAUUUUUGAUUGCUUCAAAAGAGCACACAAUCCAUCCUGGUUCCUGUAUUCUUCUCUAUGAGAAUGGAUCUGAUGAAGCCUCCUGUUUCACUCCUCCAUCAGAACCAGCUUGUCCAGUCAUUGAACAGAUCAGUGGUCACGGUGUGGUUUUGAAGGUGUCUCCAGCAUGUCCUGCAACAGAAGAGCUCAGGUUACUGUACAAAAUGAAGGAAGAGAAAGACUGGAAAUCUCAGUCUGUGCUACAGAGCCAUGACACAGUUACUCUGACAGAUCUCAGUCCAGACACGGAGUAUGAGAUGAAAUACGCAGCCGUGGGGAAGCUGAACUACACCGUUCACAGUGAUGUCAUCAGAGUGACUACGCACACAACCAACAUCAGAGAGGUACGCUGCUUAUUCAUGACAACUCACUAAAGACAUUUUUGAGAGGUUUUUUUUUUUUUUUUUUUUUUUUUUUUGUACAGUAACUAUGUAGGUGUAUGGGACUGAUAAUAGAUUUUCCUGUUAACUGGUAAAAGUUACUUCUUGCAGCAUGUUGUUAGUAAUAUUAAU